CUUGCAAUGCAUUUCUGAAUUUAUUAUUCUCUCUUAUCAAACAUCCCACAUAGCAAGUGAUUUUGCGACCGCAACAGCCAGGAGAAAAGUUCGCAUUCUAUUUUGGGGACCCAUCCAUUCCCAUCCCCAUCCCAUGUACCAUCAUCGGACCCAUCCCACUCCCAUCCGCAUCCCAUCCCGAGAGGCGUCUGCGGUUCAACAGCCGCUUGGGCAUCGCCUCAUGCCGAGAAUUCGCACAAACUAAACUGAAGCAAGGCGGACCAAAGGCAUCGGCAUAGGAAAUGUGGAGCUAUUUUUAAGCACUGGGGCGACAUUUUUCUUGUUUUUUCCCCGACUCGCCUGCGAAAACACACAAAAAUUUGCGAAAAAAAGAGCAGGCCGCACGAUAUUAAUAAAAGCAGCGCUGCUGCUGCUGCGAUGGAUUUGUUGGAUUCGGGUGGUUCUGCUGGCGGUGGGCCCGUCCACUGCAUUCGUGAUUUCGGCCGUGGAGUUGCACAUCGUGUCUCUGUAGCUGGCCAAAAGUGAGAUUUCAACAUGAAUGUGGAGAAGCUGAAGCGUCUGCAGGCCCAGGUCCGGAUCGGCGGCAAGGGCACGCCCCGGCGGAAGAAGAAGGUCAUGCACCAGACGGCGGCCACCGACGAUAAGAAGCUGCAGAGCUCCCUCAAGAAGCUGUCGGUCAGCACCAUCCCGGGCAUCGAGGAGGUCAACAUAAUCAAGGACGACCUGACCGUGAUUCACUUCAACAAUCCAAAGGCGCAGGCCUCUCUGUCGGCCAACACCUUUGCGGUCACGGGUCACGGCGAAACCCGGAAGGUGGUCGAAAUGCUGCCGGACAUCCUGCCCCAGCUGGGCCAGGAAACGGUCGUCCAGCUGCGGAUGUAUGCCAAUGCCAUGAACAACCAGAAGGGAGCGCCAGGCAGCGGGGAAGGACCUGUCCCAGCGGAGGAGGAUGACGAUGUUCCCUUGCUCGUGGGCGAUUUUGAUGAGGUGGCCAAGGUGGAGGCGACCAAGCAGCCAGUACAGGAGCCUAAGGAAGCUGUGCAGAGUAAGCCAAAGGAGAAGCAACAGCAGCAGCCCAAGAAGGACCAGAAGCAGACACCGAAGGUCCCGGAGUCUACCAAACCCAGUGAGAUACCCAAAGAGAAACAGGAAAAUAAGAAGGGGCAGGCCAAGAAUAACAAGAAGAGUGAUCCACAGGGCAACAAGGACAAGCCAAAUAAAGGCAAGGAUCAGGCCAAAGGUCAGCCUGCCCCCCAGACCAACAAGGAAAUAGCACAAGCUGCAGAUGCUCCCAAGCAGAAUCUUCCAAAGCCCGCAGUAGAGCUGAAAAAGGAUCAAGUGCUUGCUGUUGACCAGAAGAUCGAAGCCAACGUUGCGAUUCAAAAGGCGGAGCAGCCCAAACCCGCUGAGGUCAAACCCACUGACCAGAAAGUAGAACCUAAGCCGGCAGAGAAGCAGGUGGAAAAGGCGAAACCCAUUGAUCAGUCCAAAACCAAAGAGCCCAAGGUGGAACAGCCAAAACCAAAUCAGAAACAAGUAGAUGUGAACACCCAGCUACAAAAACCCACUGCAGAAGGAAGUGCAGCUAAACCAGCAGUUGCAACACCAGAACCCCAGAAGUCCGGUCCUGCCCAGACUUCGGGAAAGGCGCCCACUCCUCCUGCUGUCCAGACUCUCGCCCAGAUUGUGGCUUCAGAGCCCGCGAAGCAGGGAAGUCUUGCAGAGAAACCAGCCAUUGAAACAGCUGCCGCUCCCAAAGCUGAGCAACAGAAAAAGGAUUCGUCUUCUCCAGCCAAGGUGGAGGCAGCAAUUACUACAACUGCACCAUCACCAGUCACCACUGCUGAGCCCAAGAGUGCUCUCAAACAGGACUCACCUCCAAAGGCCGCACCCAAGCAGGGUACUCCACCCAAGAAUGCUCCAAAACAGCAAUCACCACCACAGAGUGCUCCCAAACAGGAAUCACCACCGCAGAGUGCUCCCAAACAGGAAUCACCACCACAGAGUGCUCCCAAACCGGAAUCACCACCACAGAGUGCUCCCAAACAGGAUUCAGCGCCUAAGAGUGCUCCCAAGCAAGACUCCCCACCAAAGGCUGUUCCCAAGCAGGAUUCACCACCAAAGGGUGUUACCAAACAGGAUUCUCCACCAAAGGGUGUUCCUAAACAGGAUUCACCGCCACAACAAAAGACUCCACCACCACCAUCUAAACAGGAUGCACCACCAGCAGAAGUAGCUAAAGUUCCAGUUGCAGAAGUUAUUAAAACGCCAGCACCUGAAGUCAGCAACGUUUCUCAGGCACCUCCACAACCUCAAGGUCCAGCUGCACUCCCUUCUGAAAAGCCAGUGGAUGCGCCAAAGGCAAUUGAAGAUCCGAAGGCUGCAGCCAAGAAGGAAUCACCACCACCCACUAAACCAGUGACGGCCCCAAUUCCGUUGGCGCCUGCCACUCCUGUUGAGGCGCCAUCUCCUUUGGCUCCCUCCACGCCGCCCACGACUCCCACAUCCGUGCCACCAUCUGCAGCGGCAGUGACCCCACCAUCUCCCGCCACGGUGACUCCUCCAUCGCCCGCUGCAGCUACUCCGCCUCAGAAACAGGCGGCGGCUCCCCAAGCGAGCGUCAAGAAGCAGGAGGCAGGACCGAAGCCAAAACAGCAACAACCAUCCAACAAGCCACAGCAGGCGCACAAGCAGCCACCAGGAGGAGCAGGGGGAUCAGCUGGACCAGGAGGGAACAAGGCCGUGCCGAAACAGCCGAACCCCAAUGCCAAUGCCAAGCCAUCACUUGCUCCAAAGCCAGCACAGGCUACUCCAAAACUCGGUGCUGCUCCUCCAAAGGCGCCCGCCAAUCAGGCAAAUCCACAGCAACAGGGCAAAGCUGCAAACAAAGCCUCUCCUCCAAAGCAAACGGGACCAACUGGAGGGCAACAGAAGCCAGCGGCGAACGCCCCGAAGGCCACACCGUCCCCGAAAUCGGCCGCCUCUCCAAAAGCCACCUCCCCGAAGGCUGGAACUCCUCCCAAUCCUGCUCCCGCUUCUGGGGGUCCUAACUGAUUCUCCUUCAAUCUCUUUUUUAAUCGGCUCCCUUGCAUUUCAAACUCUCACACGCAUUUUCAGAACCCAUUUUCGCCUUCGGUAGUGUCUUAUGAACCCGGGUACUAACAGCUGUUUUAUAAAUUGUGGCCUUUACAUUUUUGAAUAAAAUUAUGAUUUGAAUAAUA